AUGGAGAGAAAUGAAAAUGAGAGAGUCUUAAUGGUGCAAACCCUCACAGGCACCGUAAGGCGAUGCUUAAUUACUACAAGCCUUCAGGCAGAUCCUACAGAUGGAUUCAAAGAAGUGCCAUUGACAAAUGAGAAUUUUGAUAUGCAAAAACCUUUUAAUGAACCAUUAAGGGAUCGUUACAGCGAUGAAGAUGGAAUUAGAAGAUUAUGGGGUCUAGAUUAUUCAUCUGGGAUUUGGCAAUUCGAAGGCUAUGGUUAUGUACCAAAAGGAACAUCAGGUGUUACAAUCAUGCAAAUCCAUGGAGCAAGAGAAGGAGCAACAUCCCUACAACUCAGGAUUUAUAAUGGUGACAUGAAAUAUUACAAAACUGAUGUGAUUGAUAGAGAUCUUUAUGACAGAUGGUUCAGGCUAAAUGUGAUUCACAAUGUGGAUGAAGGAAAAAUCAGUGUAUUCAUUGAUGGAGUUCAGAAGUAUGAAGUCAAUGAUCAAGGGCCUGGAGAUUUGUAUUUCAAGUGUGGGGUUUAUGCUGCUCCUGCUGGUUCAAGCAAUUACAUGGAAUCAAGAUGGAAAAACAUCAAGAUUUACAGGAAAUGAUGAUGCAUAUGUAUAAAGUGCUCAAGUGUACAGCACCAGCUUAUAAGCUUGCAUAGCUUUAUGGGACAAUGUUGAAGGAGAUGUACU